GAAUGAAAGGAUAUCCUGACUGCUGUCCCUGCUGCCGAAACCUGCACAUGUGCUUUAGCAGGGAGACUCCUGCUUCGGCCUGCAAGAUGACUGAGGACUGGUUUUGCAAGGCCAGCAUUCCCUGCCCUCCGGGGAGCUUCCCAUCCCUAUGUGGAUACUUUUCUGGUCUGUGGGCUGGACCCAGACCCUGCAUUCGCAUCCUUGCUCCCUGGGAAGGUCUGUGCUGCAAGCCGGGGAACCAUACAACGAUUGUCAGGUUUCUAUCCUUUAAGGCCACGAGAUGGGGCUAUGGGACUCUGUAGUUUAGGGACUUGCUUUGGAGUGGUGGUUUAAAGAAAAUUUUUGGCAGAGCUGGGAACUGGCGGUCCUAAAGUUGGCUGUUUCCAUGGUGUCAGCGGCGGAGCCAAAGGGGCGGGUUCACGCAAGCGCCGAGGAUGCAGGUCCAGCCUGUGGUGUCCACAAUGCCCCAGGCUUCUGAGCACCGCCUGGGACGGACCCGAGAGCCACCUCUUAAUAUCCAGCCCCGAGUGGGAUCCAAGCUACCAUUUGCUUCCCGGGCCCGGAGCAAGGAGCGCCGAAAUCCAGCCCCUGGGCCAAAUCCCAUGUUACGACCUCUGCCUCCUAGGCCAGGUCCCCCUGAGGAACGGCUCAAGAAACUGGAGCUGGGACGGGGACGGACCUCAGGCCCUCGUCCCAGCGGCCCACUUCGGGCAGAUCAUGGAGUUCCCCUGCCUGGCUCACCACCCCCAACUGUGGCUCUGCCUCUCCCAUCCAGGACCAACCUAGCCCGUUCCAAGUCUGUGAGCAGUGGGGACUUGCGUCCAAUGGGGAUUGCCUUGGGAGGGCACCGUGGCACUGGAGAACUAGGGGCUGCCCUGAGUCGCUUGGCUCUUCGGCCUGAGCCACCCCCUUUGAGACGCAGCACCUCUCUCCGCCGCCUCGGGGGCUUUCCUGGGCCACCCACUUUGUUCAGCAUACGGACAGAGCCCCCUACUCCCCAUGGCUCCUUCCACGUGAUAUCUGCCCGGCCCUCUGAACCUUUCUACUCUGAUGACAAGAUGGCUCAUCACACACUGCUUCUGGGCUCUGGUCACGUUGGCCUCCGCAAUCUGGGGAACACGUGCUUCCUGAAUGCUGUGCUACAGUGUUUGAGUAGCACCCGGCCUCUUCGGGACUUCUGUCUGCGAAGGGACUUCCGUCAAGAGGUGCCCGGAGGGGGCCGAGCCCAGGAGCUCACUGAAGCCUUUGCAGAUGUGAUUGGUGCCCUGUGGCACCCUGAUUCCUGUGAAGCUGUGAAUCCUACUCGAUUCCGAGCUGUCUUCCAGAAAUACGUUCCCUCCUUCUCUGGAUACAGCCAGCAGGAUGCCCAAGAGUUUCUGAAGCUCCUCAUGGAGCGGCUACACCUCGAAAUCAACCGCCGAGGCCGCCGGGCUCCACCAAUCUUGGCCAGUAGUCCUGUUCCCCCCCCACCCCGCCUUGGAGGGGCUCUGCUAGAAGAACCUGAGUUAAGCGAUGACGAUCGAGCCAACCUAAUGUGGAAGCGUUACCUGGAAAGAGAGGACAGCAAGAUUGUGGACCUGUUUGUGGGCCAGUUGAAAAGCUGUCUCAAGUGCCAGGCCUGUGGGUAUCGCUCCACGACCUUCGAGGUUUUUUGUGACCUGUCCCUGCCCAUCCCCAAGAAAGGAUUUGCUGGGGGCAAGGUGUCUCUGCGAGAUUGUUUCAACCUUUUCACCAAGGAAGAAGAGCUAGAAUCGGAGAAUGCCCCAGUGUGUGACCGAUGUCGGCAGAAAACACGAAGUACCAAAAAGUUGACAGUACAAAGAUUCCCCCGAAUUCUCGUGCUCCAUCUUAAUCGAUUUUCCGCCUCUCGAGGCUCCAUCAAGAAGAGUUCAGUAGGUGUAGACUUCCCACUGCAGCGACUGAGCCUAGGGGACUUCGCCAGCGACAAAGCCGGAAGCCCCGUGUACCAGCUGUAUGCCCUUUGCAACCACUCGGGCAGCGUCCACUACGGCCACUACACAGCCCUGUGCCGGUGCCAGACUGGCUGGCAUGUCUACAAUGACUCUCGUGUCUCCCCUGUCAGUGAAAACCAGGUGGCAUCCAGUGAGGGCUACGUGCUGUUUUACCAACUGAUGCAGGAGCCACCCCGGUGCCUGUGAAACCCUUUCAACACCCUUAAGCCCCCAGGCUCCCCAUUUACCUCAGAGACGUCUAUUUUUGUGUCUUUUUAAUCGGGGAGGGGGGAGGGGGUGGUUGUACCUCCCGUUAUUUUUUUUAUUAAAAAAUACCCUUUCACCUGGAGGCUCCCUUGUCUCCCAGUCCCGUGUACAGAGCUCCACAGGCCCCCGCCCGUGUACAGCCCCCAGACCCUCUACAGUCUCACUUUUUUUGUGAAUAAAUUUAUU